UUAACUGGAAGACCUGCCUUGAGGAUAGUGGAGGAGGUUCAGCAUACUCUAGAGAAUGGUCGUCUCUAUAGCAUCUUGGAUUCGUCUGCUGGUGACUGGCCGAUCACACAAGCAAAUCACCUGGCUUACAUGGCUUGGAAGUGCUGUCAUGUCAAAGCAAAAUGCCGACCAGACCUUGAUUAAGAGACAUGGAGUGUUCUGAAAGAAAUGAUGAUGCCAUGUAAAAGCUCAUCUAACCCUCCUGGUGACAAAGUACCCUCUUAUUUCAUUUGCCCCAUUUCUCAGGAAAUAAUGUGGGAUCCACAUAUGGCUGCUGAUGGAUCUACAUACGAAGCAGAUGCUGUUAGACGGUAGUUUGAUGGUGGUCAUGAUACUUCACCAAUGACUAAUCUUAAACUUGAUGACCAAAAACUUAUUCCUAACCGAGCUCUACGAUCUGCAAUUCAGGAUUGGCUUCAGCAGCACCAACAUUGGGAAAGAAGAGGGUGAUGAUAGAAAAUCAGUUCUAAACUGGGCUUUAAAGUUUUGGAAUGGGGAGACCAUUUGUGCUGUUCAUGUUCAUGUGCCUACCCAAAAGACUCGCCAACAAACAAGAUAUGGUUUUCGAUCUCCUUUAAAGACAGUCAGAGGAGUGGAGGUCAAUCAAGAGUUGGAAAGACUAAAGGUCGAAGAAAUGUUAGAUGAUUCUCUUAAUAUGUUUGCCCUUAAGCAGGUUCCGGCUGAAAAAAUAAUUAUCGAGAAGGAGUCUGUAACUGAUGGGAUUUUGGAACUCAUAUCUCAGUUAGGGAUACAAAAACUGGUUAUGGGUGCAGGAGCCAACAGCAGAUUUUUGAGGAUAAAACCAAAACCCACCUCAGAAAAGUCUAAUGAAGUCCUUAAUAAGGCUCCUGAUUUCUGUCACAUCUGGUUUGUAUACAAAAGUCGUCUAAUAUAUACGAGGGAAGCCAUGAGGCAACUGAAUCAGCAUCUGGUAGAAAAUCAGUUGAACAGACUGAGUUAUUUAGAACAAUCUAUCGAUUUACCAUCAGCUGAAUCAUCACCGUUGUCUCAAAACAUGCAUCAUGAUUCGUCACCUGCUACUGUACUGCAGCAAAAUAUCAUAGACAAUGAUUCAUAUGAUCAACUUCAGCAACCCUUAGCACAAGCUGAAAAAGUUAGACAAGAAGAAGCUUGUGAAGAUUCGGAGGGACGGCAGAAAGCUGAGAGCGAGGCCAUGAAGGCAAUUCACAGUUUGAAAGCUUCUGAUGAAAAGCUAAAUAAGAUGAAGGGGAAAAUAAACGAUCUACAGCUCAAGGUACAUAAAGGUUUAAAGGUGCUUUACCAAGCAGCAGCAGCUGGUGAGUUCUUAUCAAUUGAAAUUGAGGAUGAGGAUGAGGAAGAAGAGAAAAUGCUCUUCACGGAAUAUUUGCAGAAGAACAAGAAGCAAUGUGAUAAAGUGAUAAUGGAUUUUGAUGAUACUCUUGAUGUAUACCUAUCUGCGGAUGAUGAUUCUGCUGAAGUAGUUCAAGUGUUGGAGGAACAAGUUUCCCAGGAACCAUCUAGUUCAAAUGUUCCUAUGUUUUCCUGUGAGUUCUCCCAGUUAGAUAUCAGAGAAGCUACUAUGUUCUUUGAUCCAUCAUUGAUAAUUCAUGAAGGAGACAAUGGCAUUCUAUACAAAGGUUGCCUGCAUAACACUGAAGUCGCGAUAAAGGUACUUAAACCUGAUAGCUUGCAGGGUAAUGCAGAGUUCAAACAUGAGGUUGAUGUAUUAAGCAAGUUGCGCCACCCAAACCUGGUGAGUCUCAUUGGUCCAUGCCAUGACUCCUUGGCUCUCAUCUAUCAGUAUCUUCCCAAUGGAAAUCUUGAAGACCGACUGAAUUGCAAAGACAACACUCCCCCGUUACCAUGGCAAACAAGAAUUCAGAUAGUCAUUGAAUUGUGCUCAGCCCUUAACUUCCUGCAUUCUAUCCAACCUUGCAGCAUUAUACACAGUGAUUUAAAGCCAAAAAAUAUACUUCUGGACGCCAAUUUCAGCUGCAAGCUCAGUGGGUUCAGUUUCUGCCAUAUUAUCCCUAACAACAAGCAGACUCUCACAAUAGAUGAAUUAAUGGGAACUUCUUCUUACAUAGACCUUGACUCUCUAGAUGAUGGACUUCUUUCCCUUAAAUCUGAUGUAUAUUCUUUCGGAAUUAUAUUGCUGCGCUUAUUAACUGGAAGACCUGCCCUGAAUAUAGUGAAAGAGGUUCAACAUGCUCUGGAGAAUGAUUAUCUCCAUAGCAUAUUAGAUCCUGCUGCUGGUGACUGGCCGGUUGUACGAGCUCAACAACUUGCUCAUAUGGCUUUGAAAAGUUGUGACAUAAAAGCAAAAGACCAUCCAAACCUUGGUUCGGAGAUUUGGAGAGUGCUUAACCCAGUGAUAACUUCAACUGAGAGCUUUUCUAGUCCUCUGCAGCCUGUCAGUGGAGACCAAAUACCAUCCUAUUUCAUUUGUCCCAUUUUUCAGGAUAUAAUGCGGGAUCCACAUUUUGCUGCUGAUGGAUUUACAUAUGAAGCAGAUGCUGUAAGAGGGUGGUUUGAGAGUGGUAGUAAUACUUCACCAAUGACUAAUCUAAAACUCAGUAAUCAUAAUCUUACUCCUAAUCGUGCUCUGCGAUCUGCAAUUCAGGAGUGGCUACUACAGCACCAUCUUGUUUAGGUUAUCUCACUCAUGUUGUCUACCCCAAAAAAGUUUGUUUCUGAUGUUUUGUACAGAAUUGAUGUGCAUUCUUUUGUAGGUAAUUGUUCACUACAUUGUAUAGUAAUUCAAGGCAUUUUUUUAAAGGUAAGUAAAAGAAACGUUAGGACACUUACACAAGAGGGGAAAUCCUGAUCACCUGUUGUAUAGUUAUUGGUGGCUUAUUUGCUUCCUGCAAGAAAUCAUUUGUAUGUUGAUAUUUUUUUUAAGGAAAUCCUAAUGUAUAGUAAUUGGUGGCUUAUAAUUUGUUUCCUGUAACAAUUCGUUUGUAUUAAUGAUUUGUAACGUUUUUGGUCUAAA